GUGGGGGGGGUGCCGGGUGCGCGUGCCCGCUGUGCGCUCCGCGCUGGGCUCCGCGACGAGGCCUUCAAGGAAAAGUUGCAAACUCCCAAGUUUUGUCGCUGUGUUUGAGGGAGCAAGUGUGGAAAGGAGGGAGCUAUGUAGGAGGUGCCUGGGCGCUCAGGGAGGUGUCGAGGAGACGGAUGGAGAGGAUGUGGGAAUGGAAGGGGUAGGCUUGUCAGGCCUCUCAAGGGUGUUCCAGGGGAGACACUCCCAAUCUUCCCGCCGAGGGAAGGGGGAUUGAUCAGGUAUUUCUUUUUUAUUAAACAAAAAAAAUUUGAAGAAAAAGCCCCAGACCAAACCCAACCCCGCUGCCCAAGGAUGGAGUUUCAGUAGCCAUUCACGGCUGGACUCUUGGGGAAGAGGGUUCGUGCGCUCUGGCUCACGCACACAUGAAGAGAUUCUCCAAAUUGUUUGGCUUCGCGAAGAGAUAAGGCCAGUUGGGCUCAAUGUUUUUAAAGGUGGGCUGUGUAUGAUGAAACUCAACUUCUUUUGAAGUGUAGCAGAUUUAAUUUUUAUGGCCAAAUGACAGCUUGACCCAGUGGUUAUCCAAUCAAAGGGCAUUUUUUUGAAUGUCUCUUUGUGGCACAACAGCCAGCGCAAAAAUGAUGGCGGCUUACAAUGGCGGUACGUCUGCAGCAGCAGCAGGUCACCACCACCACCAUCACCACCACCUUCCUCACCUCCCUCCUCCUCACCUCCAUCACCACCACCACCCUCAACAUCACUUGCAUCCAGGCUCUGCAGCUGCGGUACAUCCCGUACAGCAGCAUGCCUCUUCGGCAGCCGCAGCCGCGGCAGCUGCGGCCGCGGCGAUGUUAAACCCCGGGCAGCAGCAGCCGUAUUUCCCAUCACCGGCACCGGGUCAGGCCCCUGGACCAGCUGCAGCAGCCCCAGCUCAGGUACAAGCUGCAGCAGCUGCUGCAGUUAAAGCGCACCAUCAUCAGCACUCACAACAUCCACAACAGCAACUGGAUAUUGAGCCGGACAGACCUAUUGGAUAUGGAGCCUUUGGUGUUGUCUGGUCAGUAACAGAUCCACGAGAUGGAAAGAGAGUUGCACUCAAAAAGAUGCCCAACGUCUUCCAAAAUUUGGUCUCUUGUAAAAGGGUCUUCCGGGAGUUGAAGAUGUUGUGUUUUUUUAAGCAUGACAAUGUACUCUCUGCCCUCGACAUACUCCAGCCUCCACACAUUGACUAUUUCGAAGAAAUAUAUGUUGUCACUGAAUUGAUGCAGAGUGACCUCCAUAAGAUUAUCGUCUCUCCUCAGCCACUCAGCUCGGAUCAUGUCAAAGUUUUUCUUUACCAGAUUUUAAGAGGUCUGAAAUAUCUACAUUCUGCUGGCAUUUUACAUCGAGACAUUAAACCAGGGAACCUACUUGUGAACAGCAACUGUGUUCUUAAGAUUUGUGAUUUUGGAUUGGCCAGGGUGGAAGAAUUAGAUGAAUCUCGUCACAUGACUCAGGAAGUUGUCACUCAGUAUUAUCGAGCUCCAGAAAUCCUGAUGGGCAGCCGUCACUACAGCAAUGCUAUUGACAUCUGGUCUGUAGGCUGUAUCUUUGCAGAAUUACUUGGGCGAAGAAUAUUGUUUCAGGCACAGAGUCCCAUACAGCAGCUGGAUUUGAUCACAGACCUAUUGGGAACGCCAUCGCUGGAAGCAAUGAGGACAGCUUGUGAAGGCGCCAAGGCACAUAUACUCAGGGGUCCUCAUAAACAGCCAUCCCUUCCUGUCCUAUAUACGCUUUCCAGUCAAGCUACACAUGAAGCAGUUCAUCUGCUUUGCAGAAUGUUGGUCUUUGAUCCAUCCAAAAGAAUAUCCGCUAAGGAUGCCUUAGCUCACCCAUAUCUUGAUGAAGGGCGGUUGCGAUACCACACUUGUAUGUGUAAAUGUUGUUUUUCCACAUCUACUGGAAGAGUUUAUACUAGUGAUUUUGAACCCAUCACUAAUCCCAAAUUUGAUGACACUUUUGAAAAGAACCUCAGUUCUGUUCGGCAGGUUAAAGAAAUAAUUCAUCAGUUCAUUUUGGAACAGCAGAAAGGAAACAGAGUGCCUCUCUGCAUCAACCCUCAGUCUGCUGCUUUUAAGAGCUUUAUUAGUUCCACGGUUGCUCAGCCAUCUGAGAUGCCACCAUCUCCACUGGUUUGGGAAUGAAGUGGAUGACAAUAUACUACUGAAGAUGUAAUGUAGCUUUCCACUGGAAUCUGGGAUUUGCAAUUCUGGAGGUUAAUCAUGCUUGUACUGUAAUUUUACUAAUGAAGUUUUAAAUUAACAACCACUACUUGUACAAUAUGAAUAAUAUUUAGAAAUGUACUAGACUUUUAAUUUUGUAAAGUGGUUGUGCUUUUAGAAGAAAAUAUUUUACCCAGAGUUGCACGUGUUUUAUGAAUUCUAGUGCAGCUGUGAUGGCUCAGCUCAGAACAAACAGAAUUCAACCAAAUUUGGGGAGGUUUUUUUCUUGGUUUUUUUUCUUUUUUUUCUUGUUUUUUUAAUUGAAGUGAGAUUGUACAAACGGAUAGACGUACAUUUUGAUAUUGAGCCAUUCCUGAAGAUUUGGGGUUUUCUAAAACUAAGGAAUACAGAAAACUUGACUGCGACCAAUCAUGAAGUCAUGUCAGGUGACCAUGACCACAGUAAGUGGGCAUGGCACCUGAUGAUCAAAUCCUAUAAAUAGCUUCUCACUAGAGCUGUGAUGGUGAUGUGUGCUGUUCUAAAAUCAAAUGUUGUGAGUAGAGAGAAUGAGUUUGUGACUAGGAGAGACUAAACUUCUGUUUCCUUACCCAGUAUAAAUAUAUAUAUAUAUAUUUAAUCUAUUUUUAUUAGAAGUUUUUCUGCUCUUUCUUACAUAAAACCCCUCAGCAUGCAUCUUCUAUGUGUGUAAAUAAUUCCAUUUAUGGGCUAAUUUCAGAGAUCCCUGACAUCAUUGCUGUAUAGAGAGAAACUAGCUUGCACAUUUUAGGUCUGUGAAAUUUUGUGAGAACUUUUUCCUGCACUGGACAGUUGAAAGAGAAAAAAAAAAAAAAAAAAGAAAAGGAGAAAAAAAAAAAAGCACAUAGGGAAUUCUGUUAAUUGUGUUUGUGUCCUUAGGCGAAGCUGUGGAAGUCUUGAAAUGUCACAGUAGUAAAUAACUUUUAUUACUUUUUGGCUAAUUCUUUUUUCUGUUGGAACACUGAAUUCUGUGCAUAUGUAUAUAUGAACACAAAUUGAAGGCCUCUACCUCCUGGAGUUAUACAACUUGGUUUGUUUACCUCCACAUGAUUUUUUUUUUUUUUUUUUUUUUUUUUUUAAUUUCAGUGUGGAGACUUGAAACUUGAAUGUCCCUUCCAACUUUUAUAUUUAAAACAAGACUAGAAAAUUGAAGACUGUUUUUCACCUGUACAAAGAAAUACUGAAGGGUGGUCUUAAAAUAUGAGCAUUGGUCUGGAGAAAACCAUGGUGUUUGUUAUGGACAAUUAACUGUUAAAGUUAUUGUAAGUUAUCUGUAUUUAGCAGAGUAUUUUCAACAAGAGUGAUCUGAGCUGAAAUUGGAGACUAUUAGUAACUUAUGUUUGGAAGUUUUAACUUCAAUGAAGUAAUUAUUUGCUGUGAAAGAGACAAACAUUUAAUAACUGAACAAAGAUGGUGCAAUAUCUUUGUUUUUUAUGAGGCUCCUGAGAAUAAAACCAACGGAAGCAUUUCAAUUCACUUGAAUGAGAACGUGUUUAAUUAAAAGAGCCCGAGAAGACACUGGUAUGAAAGGUAAAAUCUCAGAGGUUGGUCAGUUAAUGUGGCACACUUGCUGGUCACUUUGUAAAAUGUAGAUUUGAAGUACAGUGGUGAAAACAUUAAAUGUGACAUUUGAAAAAGAAGCAGUGUUAUCUUCAUUUCCUGUCUGAUCUCCCACCUUUAUUUAAGAACAAGUUGUUACAAUCUUGAUUAAGUACUGUCUCAAAGGACGUAAGUAAAAAGAGUUUAUAACAUCUUGGUUUGGGCAUGGUUUUGAUUUUUACACACAUAUGCGUACACACACACACACCUAUAUAUGCACAUAGAUGAGAAUUCUUAAGCACAAUUCCCUGCCCAUCGCAGGGGGGUUGGAACUGGAUGAUCUUUAAGGUUCCUUCCAACUCAGACUAUUCUAUGAUUCUAUGAAAAUAUUUAUUUACUCUUUGAGCUUGGUUCUGGACAAAGGUAGAACUUGCUGAUUAAAUCAGAACAAGCAUUUGGCUGGCACUUUAUUGGGAGGCUGAAAGACAGUCCGUCGAGUAUGGAUUUUACUAAAUUUGCCAAUUUGUGUUAUUUUUUUCAGCACAAAUGCUUUUGUGGUUUUCUGUAGUCCAAGUGCAGAGUCCAGCAUGCAGUGGGGUUGCAUAAUGUGACUGACAAUGUUCGUGGUUUAUGGUUGUGCACAUUGUAAAGAUCAGGCAAAUGGAGCUGUACAGCCCAGGCCUCCAGACCUCGCCAGGAACGAACCACUACGCACUCUUCCUCGGCACGCCCUCUCUUCCCAGGGCUGCCACAGAUCCCGUUUGUACCUCGGGUCUGUACCUCUUCUUCAAGCCGCUUCAUAAAAGUCUCCAUGAUGUUACGAACUAAGUUUUAACAUGAUUUAGAACUGGUGCUGGUGGUGUUGUUACUGCUUCGUGGUUGUCUGUCCCUCAAGUAGCUGCUGUUAAUUCAGGGCUGUUUUUCUCCAUCUGCUCAUGGGAUUCUCCUUCAGUGUGAGAAUCUGGCACCAAUGGGCAGCUUGCUCGUUGGAUCUCCUGGCUUUUUUAGGCUGUGAGCAAAUAAUGACUCAAGUGGCAAAGCCUAUGUUGUUCAUCAGUGUAUGUUUUGGAGCUCAUUGCUAGAGGUCCGUGGGUUAAUCUCACUCAUAAACAUAAAAAGAAUUAAAUGUCUUUUGGACGUUUGCUUUUCAGGGUGUCCAAACGGCUGCAGGCACAGCACUGUGCGGUGACUAAAAUUGUGUGUGCAAAGAUAAAAACCAAUUACGGUCUUAUUUUCUGUAGACUUGACUGCAUUUUACAUGUUUAAUGUAAAUCAAUUACAAUGAAAGUGGGAGCUCUGGAGGGCUGUCUUCAACAAAGACAGUUCCGUUUCUGAAGUAGACACACACAAGUUUACAUUUGGAGUGGUCUAAACGUGAGGUCAUCAAGAGAGCUGUGCUCUCUUUCCAUUGAGGUUCAAGUCUGGCUUGCUCUUUUCACAGUUGCAUCUUAAUCAAUUUUAGGCUUUGUUGAUAUCAAUGUCAAAUGAAUUAGAUUGUAAUCAUAAGCUUUAAGCCCUCUAAAUACAGGUUCUGCAUCUCCUUUCAUUAAUUGUGCCCUGAGAAGAGCACAGAAGCAUGAGGAGUGCGAAGAAAACUUCAGAACCAUUUGCAAAGUCAAAGGACCAUCCAGGCGUUGGAAGACCUGACCUCUUUGUGCAUCUUGAGUGUGAUGCAGAGGAGUGAAACAACAUCAGCUCUGGAAAAGUAAGUUGCGAAAAUCCGUUUCCUGGUGUGUGGUGAAAUAGAAUCAUAGAAUCAUUAGGUUGGAAAAGACCUUAGAGAUCAUCAACUCCAGCCGUACUUAUCUACUACUAAAUCAUGUCCCCGAGCACCUCAUUUACCUGCAUUUUAAACACCUCAGGGAACAUGACCCAACCACCUCCCUGGGCAGUGGUUCCAGUGCUUGAUAACCCUGUGAAGAAGUUUUUCCUAAUGUCAAAUCUAAACUUCUUCCAGUGCAGCCUGAGGCCAUUCUCCCUUGCCCUAUCAUCAGUUGGGAGAAGAGACAUCCACCACUCUGCAGCCUCCUUUCAGGUAGUUGUAGAGAGUGAUGAGAUUUCCCCUCAGUCUCCUCCAGACCAAAUAACCCCAGUGCCCUCAACCGCUCCUUGUAAGACUUGUUCUCCAUAGAAUCAUAGAACAGUUUGGGUUGGAAGGGACCUUAAAGCCCAUCCAGUUCCACCUCCCCUGCCAUGGGCAGGGACACCUCCCAUUGGAUCAGGUGCCCAAGGCCCCAUCCAACCUGGCCUGGAACCCCUCCAGGGAUAGGGCAGCCACUGCUUCCCUGGGCAACCUGUGCCAGUGCUUCAGCACUCUCAUAGUGAAGAAAUCCUUAUGUCAAACCUAAAUCUGCCCCUCUCCAGUUUAUACCCAUUGCCCCUCGUCCUGUCACCACAAGCCUUUGUGAACAGCCCCUCCCCAGCUUUCCUGUAGCCCCUUUCAGGUACUGGAAGGUCUCUAUAAGUUCUCCUCGCAGCCUUCUCUUCUCCAGGCUGAACAACCCCAACUCUCUCAGCCUGUCCUCCUACGGGAGGUGCUCCAGCGCUCUGAUCAUCUUUGUAGCCUCCUCUGGACCCGUUCCAACAGCUCCAUAUCCAUAUUUGAACAAACAGUUCAAGGCUCUCCACUCUCUUUCUACCACAAGUGCA